ACUCCACAGUCUCUACUCUCUAGUCUACUCUCUCUCUCUCUAUAUCUAAACUCUUCGAUAUCUGAAUCCUCUCCCCUUUGCGCCAUGCUUCUCAAGGUUUCAUCGGCGUUCUCGGUACUCAACAGUUAUCGCGAAAUCCCGUUUGGAGCGUCAUCUGGCGGUUCGUUGUACUCGCCUCCAGCGAUUGCGGUGGCGAACCGCGGAAAUGGUGUCCUGGUUUGCGCGUCUAAGAGUUCUAACGCGAACAACCGGCCUCUUUCAGGUGUCGUGUUUGAGCCUUUCGAGGAGGUCAAGAAAGAGUUGAUGCUAGUUCCAUCUGUUCCUCAAGAUUCUCUUGCUCGCCAGAAAUUUACAAAUGACUCCGAGUCAGCCAUUAACGAGCAGAUCAAUGUUGAGUACAAUGUUUCCUAUGUGUAUCAUGCCAUGUUCGCUUACUUCGACCGUGACAACGUUGCUCUGAAAGGUCUUGCCAAAUUUUUCAAGGAAUCUAGCGAAGAAGAAAGAGAGCAUGCUGAGAAGCUGAUGGAGUACCAGAACAAACGUGGUGGGAAAGUGAAGCUACAAUCGAUUCUGAUGCCCCUUUCUGAAUUUGAUCAUGUCGAGAAAGGAGAUGCAUUAUAUGCAAUGGAGCUUGCCCUAUCUCUGGAGAAAUUGACAAAUGAAAAACUUCUGAACCUGCACGCCGUAGCAAGCAAGAGCAAUGAUGUGCAGUUAACUGAUUUCAUUGAGAGCGAAUUCUUGAACGAGCAGGUGGAAUCGAUCAAGAAGAUAUCAGAGUAUGUCGCACAGCUCAGAAGAGUUGGAAAAGGAUAUGGUGUUUGGCACUUUGAUCAAAUGCUACUUCAUGAAGGUGCUGAAGCUGCUGCUUAAGAUUCGAGCUCCUUCCAAUUAUGAACUAUUUAUAUGAUGCUAGAUUUUGAGUUUAGGUUAGAGCCUUUACCUGUUUAUGAAGAAGAAAGUUUAUUUAUGCAGUUUGGAAUGUUGAAAUAAUGACUUAUUAAUAUUGCUGUGUUUGAAAGUAAAGUGUUUGAGCUU